CCAAUAGUAAAUAUCAUGCAUAUUGGUAAUAAGACAUUUCUAAUUAAUCUAUCUCUUUACAUGGAUGCAGUGUUUCGUUUCUUCCUUAAAUAUAAAAAGAAAAAUGUAUUUUCUUUCUCUCAAUCAAUCAUUAAUUUGUUCCUUUCCCUUCCAAGAAUUAAUCUUAAAUAAAUUGAAAAUAACGACUAGAAUUUACUCAUCGAAUUAAAAAAAAAAAAAACAUGCUUCAUCUAUACUUUUUAACUGACAAAAAACAAUACAUUUUUAUAAAUGUAAUCGAUUAUUGAUUAUCCGAUAGCAUGCAUCUUUUCUUCAACGGAUGUAAAAUUCUAAUAUAUUUAAAUUUAACGCUUCAUUUUCAGCAGUUGUAAUAAAAUUAUUUGAAUAGAAUUCGAAAUAUUUUGUUACUAAGAAACGUAAUAAAAUUUUUCUUUGACUUUUUAAAUUACAUUUGAGAUAAAAAUAUAAAAUAGAACAAAUAUCAAAUCCAAAAAGCUACGAGUUGUACUUUUAUAUUGGCAAUAGUUAAAGUCGUAGUUAUUGAAAAAAGAUUAUAGUUUACAUUUUUUCCGUAUGAUGCUAAAUUGCCUUUAAAUCUGAAUUUUUUUUUUUAAUUCUUAUUUCUUUUUAUCAUGAUAAAAAAAAAUUAAGAAUAGUGGUUUCACACAUGAACAGACAGAAACAAACGCAUUGAACAAAAAAAAAUUGAUUUAAUUGAAAGAGUGUAAAAGUAACUUAUGCACCCUAAUCCCAUGUUGGGGCGGAUUUCAUGCAUAUAUUCUGUUGUUCUCUGUAAGUAGUUCGCAUAAUAUCCUGUGUGCGUAAAAAAAAUGUGUUGUGGUAUAAAUUAAUCAUUAAUAAAUCUUUUUCAAGAAAAAGAAUAAACAAUAGUUUUUUAGUAAAACAAAAAAGCUUUAUUUGUUGGUAUCUAUUCUUACAUACACAUUAGAUAAGAACGUGUUAAACGUUUUCAUAUCGUUUUCUUUUUUUUAAUUCUAGAUCCGUUUCCUUCUUUUUUUUUCAAGAGAUUUGUUGAAGCUUUUACAGUCAAAAAUUUGUAUAAAUUAGAGGGCUAAAAAAUAUAUUGUUACUGCGUAGACAUUUCUAUUAAAUUAAUUCGUAGUAAUCUAAAACUCCCAUUCUAAUCAACAUUGCUAGUUUAAUUAUUAUUUAUUUUUAGAAUAACAGAAGAAUUCAUCAACGAACUGUUUGAAUUUAAUAAAAAAAAGUAGAACAACUGUAGAAAACUAUUUCAAUUUUUUCUUCUGUAAACUAAUCGUUUUAUUAUAGUUAUUGUUUUUUUUUUAAUUUGUAUAAAGUAAAUUUUUUUAACUGAAAAAUGAGCAUUGAAAGUGUCAGAAUGAACACUUUCAAUGAUGUUUUAUUAAAUGAUCAGAAUACAACAAUUGGAUUAUCCAUGUUUAACCGUGACUCUGUGAUUUUUGAGGAGUCUGAUAAUUGUUCGCAUAAAUUUUUUAAUAGGGCUACAAGUAAAUUGGAAUCUUCUGCGGAGUCCCGUCCAUUGAUAUCCUCGGAUAGUAAUAUGUUUUCUGUAUCGUAUAAUAAUUUCAAAGCGUUUGAUGUUAAAAUGAACGGGGAAUCUCGAAAGAAUUUUCAACGUCAUGGUGACAAGAAUACAACAAACAAAAAUCAAACCAAAACACAAAAUACAGUAACAAGGGAAAAUAUGGAUCAUGUUGACUUAACUUCUUGUCUUCCUUAUUUAAAACAUAUCAUAACAGAUGAAACAAUUUCGCGUCGUUAUCAUUCAAUUAAUAAUAAAGAGUAUCAAGGUUUUAAUAGUAACCAAAAAACUAUCAAUGAUUAUUUAUCACCUAAUAAAACUGAUGCUAAUGUUUCAAAUAUCUAUCAGCAUGGGAUUUUAAAAAAUCAUGAACUGUCUGAUACAAUUUUUAAUAAAAACAAUGGAAUUAAUGCAAAGGCAGCAAGAAGUGGUAAUUACAAUCGUUGGUCUAACAAGACUUACGAUUUAUUUAAUCAAUGUAAUGAUCUAGAAACAAAACAUUCUUGUUGUAAAAAUUCUUAUACUCCUUUUAAUUCGUCAACCUAUAUACCAACAAAAGAAAAUCCUUUCUCUUCUAUCACAGAUACUUUUUUCUUUGACGACAAUAGUAAACUUGAGUCACAUCAACCAAAGUUAGUAUUUCAGUGUUCGCUUUCAUCCAAUUUACAUACCAAUGAUCAAAUUGAAUCUGGAUCAUCCUAUAAAGAAAAAACAAAAACAAAAUUGUAUACGUCACCGAAUGAGAAGAAUGAAAAUUGUAAUAACUUCAGAUUAAGUUUAUCAAUUGAUUUAGAAUCAAGGCAUAACAGUAAUUUUGCGUCCCAAAAAGAAUCCCAUUGUGGUCUUAAAAACCACCAAGAAUGCACUAAAGAAAACGAUCUAUCCUUUGAUUCGUGCUCUACUCAAGUCGUGGAUACUUUAAUUAACCAACCGUCUCAUCCGCGUGUCAGUAUUAAUUCAAUGUACAUGCAUCGUAAUACAAUGUUCAAUAAUCAAAAACACUUGAAUCAGUAUUCGUUAAAAAAGAAAACUGAUUUUUUACAUCCUUCCGAAAAAGAAUCUUUAGAAAUGGGUUUACUAUCGUCCAAAGUAUUGAAUAUCAAUAUUAACCACAACAAUAAUGGUAUUAAAGCACAUUUAAAAAAAAAGUUGCACCUUUAUAAUCAAGCUGAUAUUCAUAACGACAACAAAGCGACGUGUAAGACGUAUAAAAAUAAUUCGACAUUUCCUUGUUAUUCAUUAAAAAACAUAACACCUGAGAAGGACAUUGAUCAUAUUUUUGAAAAUCCUUCAUUACCCAAUGGGCUCCAGGAACAAUUAAAGAAUGCGUUUCCUUUCGAAGCUCAAAACAUUUGUUUUUUAGAAGAUAAUGAGUCAAUUAAAUCAAGCAACACCUUAUCAAGUUCUUUUUCCGUCUGCAAAAACAAUAGGACACAUGUUGCUUCUCAGGUUUUUGAUUCACUUCUUCCUAUUGAGUCGCCUAGGUUAGAUAAAAUCAAUUAUAAAAAUGCUUCAGAAAACCUUGUGCAGCUUCAAUACUUAUCCAACUCAGUGUUAUCACGGGAACAAUUGCAAAAUCAUCAAAAUAAUUUUAAAUCUAAACAAAACUCUCCUUGCAAUAAAACAAUGUAUCCUUUUAACAAUAGUAAUAUAAACUAUCAUGAACAUGAAAUUUCAAGCGUACCUUCAAAUAAUAAGUUAUUAGAGAGUGAUUCCACCGUUUUUUUUCCCGAAAAUGAAUCAAACGAUGAACUAUCAGCAAUAAAAAAAAAAAAUUGCGGAAAUCUUCUAGCUUGUACGUUUGAUGAAAUUCUACAAAAAAAAGCUAAUUUUUUAAAAAAAAAAAAAGAUAAGGAAGGAGCGAGUACAGCGCAACUUACUCUUAUUGUUAAUGUUCCCACUACAACUACAAGACAAGAUUUACUAAAUGCCUUCAAAAUGUUUGGUGAAGUACUCAUGCCAACUGUUGUAUGCCUCCGGGAAACAAGACAUCCAAAAAAGGAGUGGACGGCAACCGCAGGCUACGCUUUUGUUUUAUUCCAGAACAAAACAUCAGCACAAGCGGCUUUAACUGCCACCGAAAUGGGUCAAGUUAUUGUACGAGGCACUAGUGUCAAAGCAACCUGGGCCAAAAAAGAUUCGUUCCGAAUGCAUCCAGACAUUGCAAGUCGUCUGAUCGUUCAACGUUCAUCCAAUACUUCAACAAGCACCUCGAAAAAUUCUCACUACAAUAAAUCAGAAUUUCAACUAUCUGAUUCUGAAAUCGCAUUUAAAAAAAAGCCUUAUUGUAGUGAAAAUUAUUCUCAAAAAAAUAAUCCGUUUAAUAUUACACAAAAUCCCAUAGAUGCAACGACAUCUAUGUUGUUUUCACCAAAAAAACAACAAUAUAUUUCACUGAAAAAAUCAGAUAAUAAGCUACCAGUUACCUUAUUUCAAGAAAACGACGAAAAUGCGUCAAACGUUGAAAAGGAAAAAAAUAAUCUUUUUUCAUAUAGUUGUAAUGACUCUAAUUCAAAAGAGUUACUCCAAUGGUUAAAUAUUGCCAUUGCUGAAGAUCGGGUGAUGCCACCUUCAGAAAACAACACAAGAUAUGAUUGUCUUAUGUCAAGUAAUUGCGCUCCAUUAGCCGUCAAUCAGUAUAACUUUAUAUCUCCUUAAACAAAUAAGUCGAUUAUGACGCAGUAAAAUACUCGUUAGACUGCGUACUUGUAUUUUUAAGUAGACGGCCGAAACACAACAUCCAUCCAUUUUUUUUCAUUUUCACCAAGAAAAAUUUCGUAGAAAACGUUUUAUGUAAUUUUCUUAUGGAGCAAGUCGAUUUGGUACACUUGAGACCAAUUUUUUUUUUAAUUGCCUUUUGAAGAUCUAUAUAAAGACGUUAACAAAAUUUUUCAUCUGUUUUUGAGCUAAUAGUUCAUGAGAAUGUCUUUUUUAUUCUCCAAUAAUUUAAUUUCUUUGUAAAAAUUUCGGGCGUUUGUAACGUUUUCUAGUUAAAAACUACAUUUUUUGAAACGUUAAUUUUCAGUAAAGCUCACGGAACAACAUAUUUGAACCGAAUGCAUUUACAAGCAUUCAUUGAA